UUGGGGAGGGAGGGAGAUUUGGGAGUGGGGGCUUUGAAGGCAGCAGCAGCAGGUGGGGGAAGGAAUUGAUGUGGUUUAAGGGAUAAAUUCAGGGCUGAUGUUGAGGAGAAAGGGGGAAGAAGGAUUGCAGUGGGAAUUUGUACUGAGAGAGGAAUAACUGGAAAGGGGGAUCUGGGAGCGGGACAGGCAGCUUGGGGUGAAGUUUGGGGUCAGAGGGAUGAGGAGCAGAGCAGCAGGAAAUCGGUGCUGGAAGUGCAGGGACAUGACACAGCCAAAAUUCCGAGCAGGGAAAGCUCCAGCUCCAAACCAGCACCUGUGACCAACUUCCCUGAUUGAAAAGUCAAUCCUGGUGGCCCAGGAGGUCUCGCCUUGCCCCUGCCCCCCGCGCAGGGAACGUGCCCACAGAGCCCUGCUCCUUCCUUUGCCGGCUCCCCGCGCCGGGCACGGAUCGAUGGCGCUUCCCGGGCGCUGGGAUCCCGCUGUGCCUCCGGGGCACGGCUCCGAGUUACCAUGGAUAUGCUUCGGCUGCCUCUCCUCAGGAAACCGCUCGGUGCGCAGGCAGAGUUCGAGUCUCAAAGUUGAUUUUUUGUUUCUAACAUUUCAAUCAUCCUCUCCCAGGUUUCCCUGCCAUGAAUCCGAACCGUCCGUGAUUCCCGGGGGAGGGAUGGCCGAGGAGGAAGCCAAGUACAGCAUCCUUCGGGAAGUGGGGCGGGGCAGUUACGGGGUGGUUUACGAGGCCGUGGCCAACCGGACCAAGCGGCGAGUGGCCGUGAAGAGGAUGCCCUGCAACGCCCCCGAGAGCGCCGAGCUGGCCCUGCAGGAAUUCUGGGCCCUGCGGAGCAUCCAGCGGCAGCACCAGAACGUCAUCCAGCUGGAGGAGUGCGUCCUGCAGCACGGCCGCCUUUUCCAACCCCUGGAAAACCGCGAGUCCGGCAGCCACCUGCUGCUGGUGGAGACGUGCCUGAAGGGCCGGAGCUGCGCGGAGCCGCGCCGGGGGUGCUGGCUGUGGUUCGUGAUGGAGCUGUGCCAGGGCGGCACCAUGAACGAGUUCCUGCUGGCGCGCCGCGGCCCCGACGCGCCGCUCAACGCGCGCUUCAUGCGCCAGCUCAGCGGCGCCGUGGCCUUCCUGCACCGGCACGGCAUCGUGCACCGCGACCUCAAGGCCGACAACGUGCUGGUGGCCUGCGGGCCUGGCGGGCCUGUGGUCAAGGUGUCGGACUUCGGGCUGAGCCGGGUGUGCGCGGGCGCGGUGUCGCGGCAGCGUUUCUCCUCGGCCUGCGGCUCCUCGUUCUACAUGGCCCCCGAGGUGUGGGAGGGCCACGCCACGGCCAAGGCCGACGUCUUCGCGCUGGGCGUCAUCUUCUGGGCCAUGGCCGAGAGGAUCACCUUCCGCGACGGCGACAGCGGCCGCGAGCUGCUGGGAACUUACAUCCGCCGAGGCAAGGAGCUGAUCCCGCUGGGAGAAGCUCUGCUGGAAAAUCCCAACCUGAAGCUGCAGAUCCCUAUGAAAAACAAGGAAUCCAUGCCUGAGGAUCUGUGCCAGCUCCUGCACCACAUGCUGGCCUUCAAUCCCAAGGAAAGGCUGGAUGCUUCCCAGCUGGAAGUGCAGAUCCAGCAGAUUUCCUACGGGAAAAAGCGGAAGCGCUCCGGCUCCUAGAGCGGGAGGCAGGGAUCGAGUCCCACCAGGAUCUGGAAGCCUUGGAGGCGCCGAAUUGCCGCGGAAUUCCCAUCCUGAAAAUCCGCGGGAGCUCCCGGAUUCC